GAACGAUAUUAGUUCGUGGGUGCUGGUGAACAGGCAGUGAUCCCUGAAACAAUGAUUCGCCCGCUCCAAGAUUUCGCAGAAUAAGGCUGUCUAACCUUUGACUUCUACGAGCAGUAGUGGAAGAGAAGAGAGAAUAAUGAGCUGGGGUACCUUGUACACCCAGCUGGCCGGUGUCAACCGCCAGUCCACCAGCUUGGGUAAGGUCUGGCUCUCCGUGGUCUUCAUCUUCCGUGUCACCAUCCUGGCCCUGGCAGCCGAGGCAGUGUGGGGCGAUGAGCAGUCUGACUUCACGUGCAACACGCUGCAGCCAGGCUGCGAGAAUGUCUGCUAUGACCACUUCUUCCCCAUUUCUCAUGUGCGCCUCUGGUGCCUGCAGCUGGUGUUCACAUCCACGCCGCCCCUGCUGGUGGCCAUGCACGUAGCCUAUCGCAAACGCAGUGACAAGCGGCGUGUGUUCCUCCGCAACAAGAAGACAACAGCUGGCGUCUCCUCUGCCCACACCAAGCAACAGGUAGAGCAGCUGGAGAGCAUCCGGCAGCAGCGGCUGCCCAUUGCAGGGACACUGUGGUGGACGUAUGCCCUCAGCCUGGUCUUCAGACUGUUGUUCGAGGCGGCAUUCGUUUAUGCACUGUACGCCAUCUAUGGAAGCUUUUGGAUCCCUCGACUGGUGCAGUGUGAGCAGUGGCCCUGCCCCAACGAGGUAGACUGCUUUGUGUCACGGCCCACUGAGAAGACGGUGUUCACCAUGUUCAUGGCAGCGGCGUCAGGUGCGUGCAUGGUGCUCAAUGCGGCCGAGCUCACGUACCUCGUGGCCAAAGUGUUGGUGAUUUGCCCCCGUCCGGGCACCAGGAAAGGUGCCGGCUCCUCCGUCACCAGCAACUGCUCGCCCACUGCUCGCCCAGGACUGCUGCAGAACCAGACAAAUGAGUCCUUGCUGUCCUCUGUGUCCUCCAUGGCAUCCAGUGCCAAGGCUGUGUGA